UUUCUCUCCUCACCUCAUUUGAACUCUCUGUUCUGACACUAUGGGUUGUUGUGGCUGUAGAGGAACCUGUACCACCUGCAACAGCUGUGGUGGCUGCGGCUGUGGCGGCUGUGGUGGCUGUGGUGGCUGUGGCAGCUGUGGCAGCUGUGGUUGUGGUCGCCGUUGCUGCACCACCUGUACCUGCCGCCGUGUAGGCUGCUGCUCUGGCUGCUGCCCCUGCUGCUGUGGCUGCUGUGGGGGCUGCUGCAGCCCGACAGUGGUCUGCUGCCGCCGCACCUGCUGCUGUGGUGGCUGUGGCUCCUGUGGCUGUGGCUCCUGUGGCUGUGGCUGUGGCUGUUGCAAGGGCUGCUGCCAGCAGAAAUGCUGCUGCCAGCAAUGCUGCUGUAAGAAGCAAUGCUGCUGCUAGAUGGGCAAAUGCUCCACCAAUCGGUAAGAUUUCACAGGGGUUAAAGAAUAGAGCAUUAGCCUGAGACUUAAGGAGAUGAGGUCCUAAACCUCACUCUGCCAGUGACUUAACAUAAGACCUCAUGUAUAUCACCUGCACAGACUCAAAGAAAAAUCAGUCAUCAGAGGGAAAAGGGACAUGAGAGGUCAGUGUGAUUUAAUUUACCUCAUUUCCCUCAUUUCACAAAAUGAGAAGCUUAAAUAAAAUGGGCUCUGGUUACUGCCAGCUCUGAGGUCUAACUGCUGUUAUUCACUCCUGCUCCUUUCUGGCCUGAAUAUAAUUGAUGCAUCCAUGAACAUAUAUGAUCCUUUGGGUUAUUUGCACUUAAUGCCCCUUCUCAAAGGCACUGUUACAACUGAGAUCUGUCUCCCUAAGAGACUUAUCUCUCAAUACAAUUGAUCUCAGACAAUGAGGAAAGGACACAGCCCAGCUACUGGAGAAUAGUCAAGCUUAGGAACCAAGCAAAGUGGAAUCAUGAUUUUUUAAAUAUUUUCUUUCUCACUGGGUUUCAUCCUCUUCUGUCUUUUCUACCUUUAAUCUUGUUCUUUCUAUAUGUACUAAAUAUUAUUUUACUACUCUGCUGCUCUGGAGUCUUUCUAAAUCUUUACUAAUCUUUCUCAAUAAAAUCCA